UGGAGAAUGAGGAACCUGAAGAGUCCUUUGAGAAAGCUGUGCUACUCUAUCUGCUCAAAGCCUCCUACAGUAACUGCACAUCAGGACAAAACCUAACUUGGUUGUAAAAGGAGCAGAGGAUUCAGAGACGCAUCAUGGACCUGAGGGAAUACAGAGAGAGAGGAAAGGAGAUGGUGGAUUACAUUUUCCAUUAUCUGAGCACUGUGAGGGAGAGGCGGGUUACACCUGAUGUGCAACCAGGUUACAUGAGAAGCCAGCUGCCUGACAGUGCCCCUGUGGAACCAGACAGCUGGGACACCAUUUUUGGAGACAUUGAGAAGAUCAUUAUGCCUGGGGUGGUCCACUGGCAGAGCCCCCAUAUGCAUGCCUACUUUCCAGCCCUGACCUCCUGGCCGUCUCUGUUAGGAGACAUGUUAGCAGAUGCUAUUAACUGCUUAGGAUUCACCUGGGCUUCCAGUCCAGCCUGUACUGAGCUCGAGAUGAAUGUUAUGGAUUGGCUGGCAAAAAUGUUAGGCCUCCCGGAACACUUCCUACACCAUCACCCAAACAGCCAGGGAGGAGGUGUCUUACAGAGUACAGUCAGUGAAUCCACCUUGGUAGCUUUGUUAGCAGCCAGAAAAAACAAAAUCCAGGACAUGAAAGUGUCUGAGCCAGAUGUGGAUGAAUCUUUCUUGAACUCUCGGCUUGUUGCUUAUGCCUCAGAUCAGGCCCAUUCCUCAGUUGAAAAAGCUGGUCUGAUUUCACUUGUGAAGAUGAAAUUCCUUCCUGUGGAUAAAAAUUUCUCCCUCCGAGGUGAAAUCCUUCAGAAAGCAAUUGAAGAGGACAGGAAACAGGGCCUAGUGCCUGUUUUUGUGUGUGCUACCUUAGGGACCACUGGUGUCUGUGCAUUUGACUGCUUGGCAGAGCUGGGACCUAUUUGUGCUAGAGAAGGCCUGUGGCUCCAUGUUGAUGCUGCAUAUGCAGGAACUGCUUUCCUUUGCCCUGAAUUCCGGGUGUUUUUGAAGGGUAUUGAGUAUGCUGAUUCGUUUACUUUCAAUCCUUCCAAGUGGAUGAUGGUUCACUUUGACUGUACUGGUUUUUGGGUCAAAGACAAGUUCAAGUUGCAGCAGACCUUCAAUGUGAAUCCCGUCUACCUCAGGCAUGCCAACUCCGGAGCAGCUACAGACUUUAUGCACUGGCAGAUUCCUCUGAGUCGGCGGUUUCGUUCUAUCAAGCUCUGGUUUGUGAUCCGCUCCUUUGGAGUGAAGAAUCUCCAAGCCCACGUCAGACAUGGUACUGAAAUGGCCAAAUACUUUGAGUCUUUGGUCAGAAAUGACCCCCUUUUUGAAAUUCCUGCCAAAAGGCACCUUGGCUUGGUGGUGUUUCGCUUAAAGGGUCCUAAUUGUCUAACUGAAAGGGUAUUAAAAGAACUUGUUAAAUCUGGAUGCCUUUUCCUCAUCCCAGCCAUCAUCCAGGACAAGUUUAUUAUCCGCUUCACUGUGACCUCUCAGUUUACCACCAGGGAGGACAUCCUGCGAGACUGGAGCCUCAUCCGAGAUGCUGCCACGCACAUCCUGAGCCAGCACUGCACGUCUCAGCCUACGCCCCAGGAUGGGAACGGCAUCCUGGGGGCUGGUGGGCUCAGGCCUGUGGCCAACGAAAGGUCCCCUCAAGCCCAGGGGAAUCUGGGAGAAGAUGAGGCAGGGGAACCGCCUCAGUGUGUGGGAGUGCGGCCCCCGAGAAGAGAAGUUGGCCAGCCUCUCGAUGAUCAUGUGUAUUCCCUUGACGACUGCUUUUCAGAGGAGGGUCCCGAAAUCACUAAGCAUAAAUUGUCCUCCUUCUUGUUCAGCUACUUAUCGGUUCAGAAUAAGAAGAAGACUGUCCGUUCCCUGAGCUGCAACAGCGUGCCGAUGGGGGGAGCUCGAGAGCCGCUGGGUCAGAAGCAAGGACCGGCUGAGGCCCCUGGGAAGAGUGGGGGCUCUGCGCGGAUCAAGCUCCUGUCAAGGUUUCCUGAGGAGAUGAUGAUGCUGAAGAAAAGUGCCUUCAAAAGGCUGAUUAAGUUUUACAGUGUCCCCAACUUUCCUGAAUGCAGCAUCCAGUGUGGCAUCCAACUGCCCUGCUGUCCCUUGCAAGCUAUCAUUUAAGCUAGUCCAUUGUGUCAGUCCAUUCCAGCGGCCCGGCACGGGGAGGAGGGCCAAGGUGAGCUUCUGUAGGCAGUCUUCCCCCUUCUGUGGUUCAGCUUAUGGAGAAAUAAAUAUGUGCUUGUCCCUGAAGUAAAACAGUUUCUUUUGUGAUUUUAUUAAUUCCUGAAACUGAACUAAGCCCAAGGAAAACUCUCGUGUCUAGGCUCUUUGGGGUUUAUGUUUCCCUUUUAGAAAAUGUGGAAGUGUUUGAGUUUGCACUGUGUAAGAAGCCCAAUUACUCCAGAAAUGCCCCUUGUCGAUUUCCCUCUAGCUGUAGGUGUAAAUUGGAUAAGCCAUAGACAUUUUAAAUUGAACAUGUACAAAUAGAACUGAUUUUUUUAGUAGUAUUUUUUUC